GCCACUAAAUCCUACUGGACUUUUAAGUCAUUUUUGAAGAAUAGACAAAGCUUUAAAAUAUAAGAACAUUAGAUAUUUUAGAUCUACUCAUUAAAAAAAAUCUAAGAAUCAUGCAUCUACAAUUUAUAAACAUUCAAGCAUGAACAUGUGUAUAUAACAAACAUAUAGCAAAUAUAGUUUCAGGUAUGAAAUCUGUUAAGUGGUCAUAAUCAGGCAAUAUGGGGCUAGUAAUCAUAGAAAGUCUACACAGCUAUAUUUCAGGCUCUAUGCUUCCUGUGUUUGUCUAUAUGGAAGCCUUUAUUUGUUACUUUUUGGGUGGAACAGCAUACUUGGUAGUUUUUUUUUAACAUUUGGUAACAUCUGGGUCACAAAUGAGACUAAAGGUCCAAUCUAUACUAUGUUACUAAUGUUAUCAUCGUAGUAGCUCGACUCGACAAGCACAGGGUUAAUAAGUUAGCCUCACUUUCGUGUAAGUGUACAGGUUGCUAGGCAACACUGGAGACUACAAGAGGUCUUCGUUUAGGUCAAGCUAACACUGACUGCGGGCAUAUUUUUCUUUGCUAAUUGGGUACAACAAUAACACAGCACAAAAAUGCCGUUCGGUGUCAAUACAAUUAAACCCCCGCUUCAUGACCAAAUAACGGACAUGCAGCGUAAAAUCCAACUACUGGAGGGCGACAGAACUGCAUACUAUGAGAGCUCUCAGUCCACCAUCAAGAGGAACAGAGAGUCCAUCCGCCAGCUGAGGCAGGAGAACAAGAGGCUGUACAGGAAACUGGCAGAAAUUAAUGCUGGUGAUGAAAAUAUCAUCAAAGUGGCCUUUCAUAACAGAGGCUUGGAGAAGGAUGCCUACCGCAACAUGACAGGGAAGGCAGCCCUGACAAUGCUAGAUCAGAGGGUGCUGUCCAAGAUGAAGCGUCUCAAUGCCUUAAAACACACCACCCAGACUCACCAGCGCCACCUCGAAGAGUUGAAGAUGGAAUACCAGAGAGUGAAACCAGAGGGCAGCAGUGGAGCACAGUCUGCUGAUGCUCGCACUCGAAAGAAAGAGGAAGAUGCCAUGAACCUGCGGGCGCUGGAGAACAGCCUGGAGAAGACCCAGUUUAAGUGCAAGGAGGCAGAGAACAUCAUGACUAACUAUCUGAAACUCAAAAAUCACCUGCAGGAGGAGAGUCUGACUUUCCAGUGCCAGUUGGACAGUCUGGAAGUCGAAAUCCUGAAGCACAGAGAGGAGCUUCACAACAUGCAGGUCAUGAACAACAACGCCCAGCUCUCUAAAGAAGCUGCUAAGGCUGAGUUACAGCAGCAGGAGGAAUUUCUCUACAAGGAGCGCAAGGAGAGAGAGCGCAUUAUAGCCAGCUACAGGAAAAAGGUUGAGGAGCGCAAGGCCCAGGCUGAAAAAGUCGAUAGAAGGGCUCAGAGAACAGCUAUGCAGCCAGAUGAGCUGAGCAGUGAGGCCCAGCGCAGCACCCCCAGGAUGGCAGGUGAGGAGGAGAAGGCCAUCUCCACUUUUGAGGAGGCCUUCCGACGCAUCAAGGAGGCCACCGGAGUCACAGAUAUACAGGAGAUAGUGGAGCGCUUCAUCUCACAGAAAGAGACACACCAACAUCUGGAAAAGCUGAAGGGAGAGAAUGAGAAGGUGCUGCAGCAGCUGAAGGAGCAGAAGGAGCUCCUGAACCAACAGUUCCAGGAUAUGAAAUAUUCUGGAGAGGCUAAACUGUCCAGUGACCAACAGAUGCUGGAGGAGUGUGAGCAGCAACUGCAAGCUCAACAGCAGAGGUGUGAUGCAGGUAAAGAGCGCCUCGACUGGCUUGUUAAAGCCCUCAGUACUGUCCGAGCCGGAGUGGAGCACCUCGCAGACAAACUUCAACACAUCACACUGAGUGAGGACACAGUGGCUGAGGUGUCUCCAGACUCAGAUGAGUUUGUGGUGGAGCUGAUGACCCAGUGUGAGCUGAAGUUGCAGUUGCUGCACAAGGAGUUUCAGGGAAAAGAUCUGGCUGCUAUUAUGAAGGAGAUGGAAGAAGAGGAGUUCUAUGUCAGGAUUGAGGGGAAACUGCCAGCUUACAACACCCGUGUCAAGCUGCCUGAAGACCAAAGACUGGACCUCUUCAAUGACGAGGAGGAGAGUGAAGAGGACGAGGCUGACAUCAUCUCACGGGAGGCGCUGAAGCGUCAGUCUCAGCUGAUCAUUGACUCCAAGUCCAAAAAGAAGCCCUGGAAGAAGAAGAAGGGCAAGUUCUGAUCCAACACCACAGUCUCAAGACUCAAGAAAAAUAAAUGCUCUGAACCAAAAACUGAUUUGAGUGUAAAAUGAGCUUACUGUAAGUUGAGGACGAAGAACCUAUAAGGAUCAUCCAAGAUUUCCCUUUGCUAUUUUAGCCAUUUAAUGUUUCACCUCUACAGUUAUUAUUAUGUGUCCUAAAUUGUUGGCUGGAAAUACAAAUGAAAAUAUAUUUUUAGAUAUGUGGAAAGAUGAGCACAAUUUAACAGUUCUUAGAUGAUAUUUAUUAGAUAUGUUUGUGCCUUUGAAGCUGGUUGCUUGUUGUAUAGGUGGGUUUGUUUUGACAACAGUAAUGUUCUCUGUCAGGUGUCACUGUUGCACCCGUUUCUCCGCCUCUUUUUCACAGUUCAGAAUUCCACCUUCUGCCUCAUGGAAAGCCAAUAAAAACAAUCAAAACAUC